UCAAGCUUCCUGUUAUCCGCCAACCAGACGAAGCCAGGAAUUUCCUCCAUGUAUUUCUGUCUAAAAAUAUCUUUUAGGUUAAACCGACUUGUAAUGAAAAUGUCAAAACAACUCAGAUAAAAAUUCGCUUUUUAGAACCGUCCUAAAAAAGUCAGAAGACUUUUUAAGAUAUGUCUGUAAUACGUACCGUUCUAAGCACAGAACUGACAUCUAUACCAAGCUCCUUACAUCAGUUAUUCGGAGAUAAUUUCAAUAACACCCUGUGUAAUGGUGUUACAUGGUUUGUGAUACUAUGGUGUAUAGUACACAGCUGUUUUGAGAAGAUAUUGGACGUGUACCUAAAACGACAAUGCUUUCCCCAAUAUUUACGCAUCAGACUCACGGACAGCCUAUGGCUACUAUCCAGCUACCUCAGCUAUAUGAGCUACUUCAUAGUCACAACGAAUACUAUCAACUUAGGAGAAAUGCUGAACUUUAAAAGAAGAAUCGAUCCAGAUCUCUUCGAAAAUUUACCAACUCAUAUUGUAGUUGCACAAGCUGCACUGUGUGCAUUUUAUUUGUAUAUGGGUUAUAGUGAAGGCAAUCGAUUAUGUUCGGUGCAUUCGUUUUUUAAAUAUAUCGUUUUUGUUGUGGUGUGUAGUUCUGCCUAUACUUUGAGGAUUUUGGAAUUACCAUUCGUCCUGACAGCGCUCUUAUCAUUCGUGGGAAUCUUCGAGGAGUUAUCAAAAAUAAUGUACUCGUUAUUAGAUAGAAGAAGCAAACUACAUAAGAUUUUUAUUGGUUCGAUAUUUUCACUUACCGCCAUUGUUUACUUCUGCUGCUAUUUUACAAUAAUACCAGUUUUCUUUUUAAUUCCUCUUGGGAUAAACCUUUUUUAUGAAAAACGGAACCUACUUAGAGCAAUUCUGUUUUUCUCACUGCUUCUAUGGCUCAACAUAGUUAUUUAUAAAUCAAUGCUCCUAAAUAUGAUCUUACAUAGGCUCUAUCACAAAAAGGAAAUAGCUAAAACUAAUGAAGACGACAAAACUCAACAAUCAAUAAAACUAGGCUGCUUAAGUCAUAUCAUAGAGUGCUCAUUAUUUCCUCCAAGAACUGAUGAAAGUUACAUAUUGGCAUUUUACAGAUCAGAAGCUAAAGAGCGGCGGCGACGAUUAAUCGCCAAAAGAAAACCCAAAAAUCAAAACAUGAUUUUGCAAACCCUAAAAUGUAUGAUGGCACUAAGACGUAAACUAAGCGAAAAAAGAUCCCAAAACGUAGAUGAAGAAAACUCGGAAGACGGUGAUAAUAGCGAACCUAAAAUCACAUUUUCUGAAAAGCAAGUCAAACCUUUAAGGAAAAGUUCAAAAGCUUUGACAAUCAGUGAAGAGUUGGUGCCACUGCAAACCUCAAAUGUCAUAGAAAUCGAUGAUGAAGAUACCGAAUUAUGUAGUACUUAUGAAAGUGAACUGAAUAACGUUUUAGUUGAAGAAGGCGAAACUCAAGAUAAGGAUGCUUCUUCUUCAAAAGUAUGUGAUAUUGAAAUUUUUGAACUAGAGACUAUCUUAAAAGAAGAUACAUGUAAAGAUGAAGUUUCAUCUUCAACAGAUGCGCUAUUAGCAGCUGAACGUGACGAGGCUGAUCACAGUGUAGGAGGAGGAAAUGGAAAACUUGGAAAGCAGACUGAAAAAUAUCCUAAAGACUGAGCGGUUAAUAAAUAUAUGUGUCGAUAUUGCCUUAACAUUGUUUAUUUAAUUUUGUAGCUUUUUAAAUAAAUAAAUUGCUGGCUUUUGCUAUUA